GAUUUCACCGCAACAUUCACUUGUGACAAUGAAAUGGAAAUGUUUGCUGACGGUCAAAGCCUCGGAACAGACAGUAAUUGGGGAAACCCCACCACCUACCUUGUACCAGGAAACACUCGAGUUUUGUCAGUAGCCGGGGAAGACUAUGGAGAUGGAUAUUUCGGAAUACUCGGCUCCACUAGCAACGGACAGGUAACUAAUGAAACUUGGAAAUGCAGCAGCGUUCUGUCAUCCGGAUGGAAUUCCCCGGAUUUUGAUGACCAGAGCUGGCCUUUGGCAAAAGUGAUUGGAAACCAUGGUGACAGUCCUUGGGGUACACUAAAUGGCAUCGCAGUGACAGCUAAGUGGAUAUGGGGAGACACCAACAGCAACACUUCUUAUUGCAGACUGACACUACAGUAA